GCGCGGCGGGCGCGGCGGCGGCGGCGGGAUGGAGUCGGUGGUCUUCAUCUUUUCGCUGAUCGACUGCUGCGCCCUCAUCUUCCUCUCCGUCUACUUCAUAAUCACGCUAUCAGAUCUGGAAUGUGACUACAUCAAUGCUAGAUCAUGCUGCUCCAAGCUCAAUAAAUGGGUGGUGCCUGAGGUGAUUGGCCAUGCUGUUGUCACUGUGUUAAUGCUCAUUUCAUUGCACUGGUUCAUCUUUCUCCUCAACCUGCCAGUGGCCACGUGGAAUAUAUACAGGUACAUUAUGGUGCCAAGUGGAAACAUGGGAGUGUUUGAUCCCACAGAGAUCCAUAACCGAGGACAGCUGAAAUCACACAUGAAAGAAGCCAUGAUUAAGCUGGGCUUUCAUCUGCUCUGUUUCUUCAUGUACCUUUACAGUAUUAAUCAACAGAGCACUUCUUGACUCUGAAGAGAAAGACCAGAGGAAGAGUGACACACAGGAUUGUUUCCUGGGAUCAGCUCUGAGGGAUUUGGUGACUCUCAGCCAGCCUGCAGCACUGGGAGUUCUGCUGGCUAGAAAAUGUAAAUUCCUCAAAAGAAAGUGAGCUAAAAAUAAUCUUCAGAGUGCAGAGAAAGAGGGGCAAACAAAUGGACCUCCUCAAGACCCCUUUUCCAUUCUUAUAAUUAUUCCUAGACUGCAUUAGACCCUGCUGUGUCUGUAGCUAAAGUGAUUUUCAAGGAAAUUGAGUCAUGUCUGACAUCAUCUCACAUCCUGGAGCUUGUCUAGAACAGCCACAUUUUUUUACAACAGGAUUAAAGUAGCGUGUUUGAAACUCAUGAGGAACAAGGUACAUAAGAUAUUCCUCUUCUAAUGAUAGCGCUCUGGUGCUGUUACUAUCUUCCAUACUGCUCUCAUACUUCCCCCCCAAAUACCAUAAAGCUGCUAUACCAUGCUGUAAAACAGCAGGCAGUGGUAUUUCAGGCAAAUAUCUCCAAAUGUAGUCAACCUGCCUCCCACCCACCACCAAAAGAAAUCUCAGCACUUCUAUCCCUUACAUACAGAUUCCAAAUUUUGGUUGUGUAUGACAAGCAACUAUUCAGGCAUCAACUCGAGUCUGCAGUAGCUGAGCUCCUUGGCUGAAACACCAAAAAGCUGUCAACAGUUUUCAGAAAAUGCAGAAGGGAUUUUUUUAAGGAGCCUGUUAAAGGAGAACUCUUAACAAAGAUGCAUGUGAGACAAGGUGAUGCACAGUGUGCUCAUCCUUUGUGCUCCACAGAGGUUCUGCCAAACUUCCUGACAGUCAAACAAUGCAGCCCACACAAACCCAGUCAGCUCAAGACACUAUUUAGUGCUGCUGAGCCUCCUUAGAACUGUGAAAUUAGCAAUGGAAACGACAACAGAAGCAUAGGCUAAGACAGUCUAGACGUGGCUGGGUCUGAGAAAACAGUAAGAAAUUCAAGGUAUGAAAUAAGAAAACACAUUAGAAAAUUCAAGAUACGAAAGUAAGAAACUAAUAGGACACUAAUGUGUCCUUACACUUCAAGAGAGACAAUGAAGAAAGAAAGGGAGAAAUGAAGGAUUCUCCCACACGUUAAGUGUGUGUGGAAAAAUCAAACACUGUUCAUUUAAAACAGGGCUCUCCCACCACUUGCCCAGACAUUGCUGGAUGUUUGUUUCCAUGUAGUUUAUGCAAACAGAUUAGAAUAAUUCUGUAUACUUAAAGCCUUGACAAUCACAUUAAAUUUAUGAGUCAGAAGACCUUGUCAACUGCUAUAGGAAAUGUGAGAAGCAUGUUCUGGCAAAUAGGAAUCACUUGAUGUGGCCUAAUGCUAUUUAAGUAUCCACCUGCUUGAAAGCAUUGCAAUUUUUUAAAAGCACCCAAAAAAGGAGACAAACCAAUAAAACACUACAAAACCACUUUCCCACCAACUAUUUUUAAGAGAUUUUUAUUCUUUGGCAGCUCUUGGUCAAAAGGCUUAGUCUAAACACUCACAAAACAUUUAUGUGGUUUUACUAAAGGCAGCUAUUAGCUAACAAUUCACUUUAAGAUGUUCUAAUCAAGAUGUUUGGUAUUAAAACCCAUCAAUAUAGAAGGAAGAUGCGCAUCUACAGUCAAUUGAUAAGUUAACAGCAAAAAAUGUUUGAUCCUUAAUUCACCUAAAUUACUCCAAGAAAAAACCAAACCAAACAAAACCAACAAACAAAACCCAGAUAAUUUCCAAACUAAAUAACAGAAGUCAGCUUUGCUGCUAUGCAGCUCUUGGCUCAGAGGAAGACAAACCACAGCAGUCUCAUGCCUGAAAAAGCCAUGGUGCCUGCUUUAAUUCUGGGGCUACAUAACAUUUAUGCACAUGGAAGAGGGUUUUCAAGUCCACCCAUCAUUUUAACAGGAAAAAGGACUUAGAUUAUAUGGCUUCCCAACCUGAAGUGAAAAAAAACUCAGAUUCAAACCCCACUGAAUACCAGUAUGGAACUGCAGAAACCUUUCAUUUUCCACCUCACACACCAGACUGCAGCAGCGUGGUUAAAAAACCAUAAGGAUCUUAUUUCUGAUAGAGUUUCACAAACAUUAGCAACUUCAAAUGCUGUGUGUGUAUGUUCAAGUUUAUUCCCAGUCUUCAAUUAUUAUGAAAUAUAUGGACAUACUUUCAUAAUCACUUCUACAAGUCAAAACAGGCUUAGAUUCAUCAAUCAACCUCUUUAUUUAUGUACCAAUAGAUAUGAGCAGGAAAGAUGUAUGAAAUAUCCUAUUGCUAUGAGAUUUACAAGACUCCCAUCCCAGGGAAUGGGAUGUAACAGGGCUACAGUACAUGUCAGCCUGUCCUACAAAAAUCACACCAUCCUAGCAGGAGAAAGCUGAAAGGAAAGGGCAAGACAAGUUCAUUCCAUUUUCA